AUGGAAGAGUUUCGCAAUAAUGCAUAUGAGAAUGUCCCAAUCUACAAAGAAAAGACUAAGCAGUGGCACGACAAACAUAUUGUGAACAAGGAAUUCAAGGAGAGCGACAAAGUGCUGUUGUUUAACUCAAGACUACGACUUUUCCCAGGAAAAUUGCGCUCAAGAUGGUCUAGCCUGUUCAUAAUUCAUCGUGUGUUUCCACAUGGGGUGAUAGAGCUUCACCACCCGAUGAAGGGAACAAUCAAAGUCAAUGGCCAAAGGUUGAAACCUUAUAUUGAGAAUGGGAAUGAAGACGAGGGGGUUUCAAUUCUUCUUCAAAAUCGUUAUUGGCACAACACACUCAGGGAACAAUCUGGUUCCGUUGAGUUACGGCACCAUCACGCUCGCCGCGGUGAUACAAAUAAUCGUUGCAGCGAGCAUUAG